AUGCUUGCUCUUCCACUAAGCUCUCCUUUGGUGACACUCACAAGGGGUAAGCGAAAGAUGAGCAGGCUGAACAGGGCUCGCAAUCAUCAGCUAAUAGAUUUUUCUCGGAGCGAUAAAAUCCAGACUUGCAAUGUCUACAUCUUGGACCGGCCGUUUGACCUGAGCAGUUUAGGCAACUACCCCACUUAUCGCAGGUAUCGCAAGCGCAUCGAGGCCUGCAUUGACCCGGCAUCUUGGGAUUUGGCUCGUAGUCAGGUGCGCAAAUCUAGAGAAGGUAAAAGGUGA